UUUCCACCCCACCCUACCCCCCCCCCCCAUUUUCCACCUAUAUAUACAUUUCUGUUAUUUCUUCAAAACUCAUAAAAACAGAGUCAGUCUUCCUUACAACCCUUUCUUCUUCUUCUUAUUCAGAGGUUUUAAAAUCAAGAAAAUGGAGAGGUUGAACUCAAAGCUGUACAUUGAGAACUGUAUGAUCAUGCAAGAGAAUGAAAAACUGAGGAAGAAAGCACAGCUUUUAAAUCAAGAAAAUCAACAAUUGCUUUCACAGCUGAAGCAGAGGCUAACUAUGGGUGGGCAAAAUGUCAAUAAUGCCCCUACUACUUUCACUGACCUCAAUCUUGGGUCUUCUAGUUCUAGGAACAAUUAAGGGUGUGAAAUGACCAAAAAGACAAAUAUCACCUUUUGUUAACCCCCAUUUGUUUUGGUUUUGUUGGGUAUGGGAAGGGCAUUAGGUGUCAAAAAGGAUGGUAUUAGUUUGCGUAGAUAGGGAUGUUAGGGGGGUCAAAUUGGAAUUUAGUAUUAAUGUAAGGUUUACUAUUUUAUAUAUUGGUUAUUAGGAAAGUUUUAUGGUUUAUGAUUAUUA